UUUUUUUCUCGUGCUCCUCCGUGGCAAGGGAAGUUGCCAAGAUGACCUACAUUUCCCAUAAGGCACCCAUUUCUACGGGUUCUUCCGGAGGUACGUGUCCUUCUGAGAGUCGUGUCUGCUACGGUGGAUUGAACCUGUGUAGAAAAUGGAGCUCGAGGCAAUGACCAGAUAUACCAGUCCAGUGAACCCAGCUGUGUUCCCCCACCUGACAGUAGUACUUCUUGCCAUUGGCAUGUUCUUCACUGCAUGGUUCUUUGUUUAUGAGGUGACAUCCACCAAAUACACACGUGACAUCUACAAAGAACUGCUCAUUUCCCUGGUGGCCUCACUUUUCAUGGGAUUUGGAGUCCUGUUCCUUCUACUUUGGGUUGGGAUUUAUGUAUGAGGCAGGUGGACAGAGGGACAGAUCUUGAGAAGGCACCAAGGGCAUUCCAGGGAACCUUUGGCAUCUGUUAUGGCACAAAGAAUUUAUUGUGGAGUUGGUUUUUUCAAACAUGAACUGUUUGUGAUGGAUGUUUUCUGUUCCAAUAUUCAAAUAAAGGGGUUUUCUAAUAAAAUUAGAAUUAAAAUGUUG